AAAAUAUUUUCCGAUAGUAUUUCAUUUCCAUUAAAAAAAAAAGAAUGCCAGUUAACGCAUCUAAGAGGUUAUAUACACAAGCAGCAAGUGACUGCAUCAAUGAGCCGGUUCAAGUAAACACAGUGGUGGUAAUCCAUCCUGGUUCGUUAAAUUUGCGGAUUGGAAGAGCAUCAGAUCCUUUCCCAGUCACUGUUCACCACUGCAUAGCCAGAAGGCUAAAACCUAAUGCAACAGAGGAGAAAUCAACAUGGAUGCUUAGGAAAGAAAGACAGCAUCAGGGGCAUAAGCACCAGAAGGACAGAGGGCUGAAAGCAGCCAACAAUGCUGUGGAGAUGAAACCAAUGGAUUCUGGUGAGGUUCGACCACCAUCCUCUGUCAGACAGCUAUACAGCCAUAAUGUACGCGUGAAGGGGGAGCGUACUGAUGUGCCGUGUCCAUUACGCUGGACAAACACAGACCAUAAACCGGAGUUUGUUGUUGGAGAAGAGGCCCUAUACGUACAGCCAGGGACUGGAUACAACAUCCAGUGGCCAAUGGCACGGGGUCACCUGAACGUACAUCCCGGCCCAUCUGGCACACUGACCUCAAUAAUGGCUGACCUCCAGGACAUCUGGGGAACUGUUAUGCAGGACAUGCUCGAUAUCCCUCUCAAAGAUCUCAAACUCUACAAGGCAGUACUGCUGGUCCCAGAUGUGUUCAUCCACAUUCAUGUUCGUGAGAUGAUGAACAUGAUGCUCAAUGGCCUUGGCUUUGGAGCUGUAGUAGUGCACCAGGAGUCAGUGUGUGCAUUGUUUGGUGCAGGCGUACCCAGUGGCUGUCUCGUCGAUGUUGGGGACCAGAAAACUAGCAUCUCUUGUAUCGAGGAUGGCAUAUCACACAGAAAUACAAGACUGACAAUGGAGGUUGGUGGGAGUGACAUUACACGCAUGUUCAAGGAUUUAUUAGCCACUCUAGGCUUCAACCCUAGCCUGAACAUGGCCUUCUACCCAGAUAUUCUCAUGUGUCAGGAUCUCAAGGAGAGACUUUGCCAUUUUGAUCAUAACAGAUACGGCUACCUGGAAGAGUCUAUACAGUUGAAGCGUCCAGGGGAGAACAUCACCAAGUACCUGAUACAGAUAGGAGAUGAGCUGGUCCUGGCACCCCUCAGUUUAUACUUCCCAGACAUGUACGGACUCCAGGGUGAGAACCUGACCCAUAUUCAGAAACAUAAUGAGGGAGACCCAGCAGAUCCCCAUGAUGACUUCUACCUGAAACAGGUCCAGACCAGACAGGAACCUGGUACCAAGAUGUCAAAGAAGAAAGACAAUGCAGACAAUACUAGAGAAGGCCCAGACCUGACCAUGGAUGAAUCUACCCUUAACAUCCUGAAUGACGAUGACUCCAAUGACAUGCCGGAUACCAUGGCGACAACGGAAGGUGUUAAGGGGCGUGGUCGGGGGGCAGAGCUGGAGGAGGAGGCAGAGGAGGAGGAGCUGACUGUGGCCCCGCCUCUCAUGGGCAUUGACCAAGCUGUAUUGUACAGCAUAGAGAAAUGUGGUUCAGAUGAGAUGAAGAAGAAGAUGUACAGCUGUAUCGUUGUUGUGGGAGGGGGCCUGAACUUUGAGAGUGCUCAGCCCUGGCUACAGUACUGUAUCUGGAAAUAUAUGCCAUCACACAUACGGCCUCUUCUGGAUACCAUGGAUGUCAUCACAAGACCUAAGGAUUUGGAUCCAGAGAUUGUUAGUUGGAAGGGAGCAGCUCUACUGGCUUGUCUGGACACCACCCAGGAGUUGUACAUCAAACAGAAGGAGUGGAAUACCUUUGACGUCCGCAUGUUAAGGGAGCGGGCUCCUUUCGUCUGGUGAAAGGAAGAGAACUCCAGGAACAGGAUUUUUCUGCUAAACAGCUGUAACAUGGAUUUCUAGAAUUCUGAUGGUGUCCUGUACUUUAAAAUGCAUUGUGUAGGACGGUCUGGAUGUUGAAUGCUUCCUGGAAAGGAGGGCUUCAUUGCUGUGUCUGAGCUGGACUUUAAAAUAUGCUUCAUGCUGCAACAAUGGACCAGCACCGAUUCUGACACAUAGUUCAAGGAGUGGGGAAAAUGCAUCUUCUUAGAAGAAUAACAAAGGGUAUGCAGGAUUAUGAAUGAAAACUAAGUGAUUCAAAGAGACAGUGACAUUUAGGUUGAAGACAGUGUAGUAAAUUCUCAGAUUUUUUAUCCAUUUAUUGGAAAGAAAUAAGAGAUUGCCAUUGGUUAAAAAUAGAAUAAUCAGAUUUGUUUUGUUAGAAAGAAUAAAAACAGAUGAGCUUAACUGAUAGGAGUUUUACAAAAUUUCUUGUUAUUAGAUAUUUUAAAAUGAAUUACACAUGUUAAAUAUCACUUUAAAAACAUAAUCAUGUAAAAUAAAAUACAAAAAAUAG